GAGUAUGUUUCUGGAUCGAAGUACAACAACGAGUAUGCGGGAAAAUUAAGCGCAUUGAAAGUAUCUUGAAAUUAUCUAACUUUUUCAUCGAAAUGAACAGCACUGAAACUGAUGGAUUGUAUGUGGUGAUUGUGAGUUCGGAGUCUCCUGUUUCGAACCCGUGGGACGAUGCCACUUGGAUUCUCACUUCUACUUUCAUUGUUUUCACGAUGCAGAGCGGAUUUGGAAUGCUAGAAUCAGGCAGUGUCUCCAGAAAGCACGAGUGUAAUAUAAUGAUGAAGAAUGCUCUGGACGUGAUCUUCGGGGGUCUGUCGUACUGGAGUGUGGGGUUCGCCCUCUCCUUCGGCCACAGCUGGCACGGAAUAGUCGGCUACUCGGACUUCUUCACCACUGUGAGCGAGGAGAGUGAGAUGGGCACCACUUAUGCUCAGUAUUUCUACCAACUCGCUCUCUGCACGACGUCAACUACAGUCGUGAGUGGGCCCCUGGCGGAGAGGUUCAGUUUCGCCUGCUACAUGAUCUUCUCCAUCUUCAACACCCUCAUCUACUGUGUCCCAGUCCACUGGCUCUGGAGUCCAGAGGGGUGGCUCAACAAACUAGGCGCCAUCGACAUCGGAGGAAGAAUAAUUUCAGAUAAGAGAAUAGCGAUGGUCCGAUCACGUUCGGGAUUGGCAUGUAGUUUGACUUUGGAUGCAGUGCCUGGUGACUUGGAUCUGUACGCAUACUUGAACAUCGAGAUGGCCAUUGUUCUGUUGCAAUGGGUUUCCUUUGCUGCGAUGCCAAGUCGUACUUUUAAACCGUUGAGUGUAGUGACUGCAGGCAGCAUGUCAGGUGGGUCUUGCCAUUCCGUAGUUGGAGUGUGA